AUGGCGCCUGAGGUGACCGAGAAAAUCGUUCUUCUACUCGUCUUCAUUCGUCCCCGGAACGGGGCAGCCCCAUCUGCACACGUGCCACCGUUCCCGCCACCUCGUCUCCCCACGUGUCCCGCCACGAGCUCAUCUCGCGCGCAUUUUAACCCCUCGUCGCUCCCACCGCUUCUUCAUCAGAUCGCAGGCAGGGAAGAACCAACCGGGCACGCGCGCGAGGGGAAGAUCUUGAUCUCUUGCUCGAUCGAGUGCUUGAUCGCGAUCGGAAGAGUAAAGACGAGAGCCAUGGCGACCGCCGCCGCGCAGGAAGGGAUCACUCAUCGCGGUGCUGUGAGGGGGGACGCGGAUGCUGCGGCGCCGGUGCCGGCGAGCCGGGAUACUAGGAAGGCGGGACGCGCCAAGCGCGGCCUCCGCUCGCUCGCCGCCGCCGUGUCCCUGUCGGUGGCGCUCACGGCCGCCUCGUUCUACGGCUCCGGGUCGUCGUCGCUGCCCUCGGCGUCGGCGGCGAAGGUGACGGUGGCGCGGGCGGGGUCGGUGGCGGCGGAGGCGGUGAUGGCGCUGGCGGCGUGGAUGGUGUGGGCGGAGGGGGGCCUCCACCGCCGCCCCGGCGCGACGCUGGCGCCGUUCUUGGCGCAGCUGGGCGCCGCGCUGGCGUGGGCGCCGGUGGCGCUGGGCCUCGCCGCGCCCGCGGCCGGGCUGGCGUGCUGCGCGGCCAUGGCCGCCGCCGCCGCCGCGUGCGCCCGCGGGUUCGGCGCCGUCAACCCCGUCGCCGGCGACCUCGCCAAGCCGUGCGUCGCCUGGGCCAUCCUCCUCGCCGUCAUGAACUACAAGAUGAUGAAGUGAUCAAUCAACGAAUCAACCAAAAGCUUGCCUCUUUACGGCGACGUGUGUGUGUGCAGCGUUUGAUCUCAGUUCUCUCAUGAUCUCAUCCUCAUCUGUAUAUGUGUAUGAUCACUGUCACUGCAGUGGCAACCAGCUUUCUGAAUGUUUUUGCUGCUA